AUGGGAUCAAGGCAGCGCUUGAGGCACCUGAGACUGGGUGGCUGCCUCCUCGGGCUUUCCGAGCCUACUCAUCGGCCUUCAAGUUCUGGUUCUCAUCAGUACCCUCCACACUUCUCCACACUAAACUUGGAUGCUCUUGGUCAACAGGAAGACGGUGGUAAUACAGUGGGGGGAUCUUCUACAGAAUUUCAGAUUGGGCAAUCAUUCCAGAGUAAAGAUGAAGCUGUGCUGAGUGUCAAGGACUAUAGCAUCCGGCGAGGUGUUGAGUACAGAGUCAUUGAAUCGGAUCAUUUGAAGUAUCAUGGAAAAUGCAAGGAAUUCGGCAAGGGUUGUAGUUGGUUGAUUCGUGUCGCGCUUCGUGCACGAAAGGGCACUUGGGAGGUUAGGAGGUACAACGGGCCACACACAUGCUUGGCAACUUCUAUUUCAAGUGAUCACCGUCAGCUGGAUUACCACGUUAUCUGUGCGAGGAUUCUUCCUAUGGUUAGGGCAGAUGCUGCGGUAACGGUAAAGGUACUUCAACAAGCGACAGAAGCCGAUUACGGUUUUAGGCCUAGUUACAGGAAGGUUUGGAUGGCUAAGCAGAAGGCAGUGGCACAAAUAUAUGGAGAUUGGGAGGAGUCUUACGCGGAGUUGUCACGUUGGAUGCUAGGGGUCCAGGCGACAAUGCCGGGAACAAUCACGGUGCUGAAGACGUCUCCUGUUCGGAUUGGUGGUGGGGUUGAUGAGUCGACGGUGUACUUUCACCGGCUUUUCUGGACAUUUCCACCCUGUAUCGAGGCAUUCCGGCAUUGCAAGCCCCUCGUCAGUAUUGAUGGUACCCACUUAUAUGGGAAGUAUGGAGGGACGCUGCUGUUGGCGAUUGCUCAGGACGGGAACUCGAACAUCCUCCCGAUAGCCUUUGCCCUUGUGGAGGGAGAAAAUGCAGAGUCAUGGCAUAGUGGGAUCAAGGCAGCGCUUGAGGCACCUGAGACUGGGUGGCUACCUCCUCGGGCUUUCCGGGCCUACUGUAUUAGGCAUGUGGCAGCGAAUUUCGCCCUAACGUUCAAAGGUAAGGACUCAAGGAGGAUGUUGGUGAAUGCUGCGUACGCAAAGACUGAGGCUGAGUUUUACUACUGGUUUGACAUCAUGCGGACUGAGAAUCCAGCAAUGUGUGACUGGGCCAACCGGAUGGAGUAUGAUAAAUGGACCCAACAUGAGGAUGGUGGUCGACGGUUCGGGCACAUGACCACAAACAUCAGUGAAUGUGUGAACUCCGUGCUAAAGGGAACUCGCAACCUGCCGGUCACAUCUUUGGUUAAGUCAACCUACGGGAGGCUUGCUCAGCUAUUUGUGGUACGGGGACAGACAGCAGAGGCACAACUCGGAUCUGGGCAUGAAUUCUGUCAGGCAUUGGUCAAGGCUAUUGAUCGGAACCUAAGAGACUCUAGGUGCUUCACUGUGACAUUAUACGACAGGCAUCAGUCCGAGUACACCGUCGCGGAGACAACACCAACCGGGAGCUUCUCGCUGGGUAGCUAUAGAGUUUCCCUUAAAGAUCACCGAUGCGACUGUGGCCACUUUCAGGCGCUGCAUUAUCCUUGUUGCCACGCCAUUGCGUGUUGCGCCUACUCCCGGCUUAACUGGGCGUCAUAUGUUCACGAGGUGUAUCGUAUGAGUGAGGUGUUCAACGUUUACAAGCAGGGGUUUCUCCCACCUAUCCCUGAAGGACUAUGGCCUCCAUAUGCUAGGCCUACCAUCAUUCCUGACCCCAAUAUGUGGCGUGCAAAGGAAGGUCGUCCAAAGGCCACCAGGAUCCGUGGAAGUAUGGAUCAGUCUCAGUCGAACCAGCCGAAGCGUUGUGGGCUAUGCCGUCAGCCUGGGCAUACGCGGAGGAACUGUCACCAGCGAAAACAAAGUGGUAGAGGGGAUGCGUAG